AUGCAGGCUAUCAUCGCACGACUCCAGGUCUACGAGUAUGAGCUCCAAAGUGGCGUGAAAGUGGUUGCAAAGAUGAGCAAAGCCGGAGGCACAUGGGCUUUUAGCGCUUGGAUGCAGAGCUGCUGGAGGAUGAGCUUGUGGUUUGUUUCACAAGCGAGACUUUCAGCCUGGGAUGAAGAUUGUUGGUUGCGCUUGAUGGGAAUGACUCCACAAGAAUGGUUUCUUUUCAAGGCGUCUGCAGUGCAAGUGGCGCUUGGACAAAAAAUCUGGGGCCACUGCCCAGUUUCAGCACUUGUGCACGAACCUCAUUGGCGCCGGCAAUUGACAUCAUUUGUCCCGAUUUGGGGCUUCAACGCCGCCUUAACCUCCUUGUGGGUCGCCCUGCACUUCAGGUCCCUGGGCCACUUCCCGGUGUUUCUGCUGGUGCUCUUCGCCAGCUGCUGCGCCACCGGCGUCUUCGCGCUGCUGGCGAUGCUGGCGGAGCUCAGCGGGGGCUGGGCGAAGGCGCCUUUCACGCUGCCCUUCUGCGUUGUUGGUCUCUUCCUGGUGGCUGUCGAGCGUUGCCUGCUGCGCCUCGAUAUGUGCACCAAACAAAAACCUCCAGAGUGUACAGAGGAAAACUUGGCCACUCCCCGAUGGCACUUGGUUUUCGGGCUUGUGGACCAAAAAUUCGUUGCCAAAACACAGCUAGGUUCCAAGGAGCUCUCCUUGCCCGGGAAGAACUACCUGAACUUGGGCGGCUUGACCUUGUUCAUCGUCUUGAUGUACUACUUCCUGCAGGAAGGCGAUCCCUGCGGCAGCUUAAUCCUGUGGGUUGUGGCCAUCUUGGCGUGCUUGAUGGGUCUGCACCUGGUGGCUUCCGUGGGAGGUGGCGACAUGCCCGUGUGCAUCACUGUCCUGAACUCCUACUCCGGCUGGGCUCUGGUUGCAGAGGGCUUCUUGCUGAAGAGCAACGUGCUGACCAUCGUCGGCUCCUUGAUUGGCUUCAGCGGAGCUAUCCUGACCAAGAUCAUGUGCGAUGCGAUGAAUCGAGACAUCUUCAACGUGCUCUUUGGUGGAUUGAACAACGCCCCUGUGGUGAAGGGUGCAGACACCGGCCCCAAGGAGCAUGUGGAAUGCAAUGUGGAAUCCUGUGCCGAUAUGAUUGUGAAUGCGAAGGAGGUGCUAGUGGUGCCUGGCUAUGGUAUGGCCAUGGCGCGUGCUCAAACGCCCAUGGGAGAAUUGGCCUCGAUGUUGCGAAAAAACAACAUCAUCCUGAAGUUUGGCGUACAUCCUGUGGCUGGCCGCAUGCCGGGGCAGAUGAACGUGCUCCUGGCCGAGGCAGGUGUGCCGCACGAGUGGGUUUUGGAGAUGGACGAGGUGAACCCCGACAUGGAGAAUUUCGACGUCGUGCUGGUCAUGGGCGCCAACGAUGUGGUGAACUCCGCCGCGCAGGAGCUUGAGGGCUGCGCCAUUUGGGGCAUGCCAGUGAUUGAGGUCUGGCGUUCCAAGAAGGUGGUCUUCUGCAAGCGUUCCAUGGGCGGAGGCUAUGCGGAUCUGGACAAUCCUGUCUUCUACAAGAGCAACACGGAGAUGCUUCUGGGAGACGGCAAGAAGACCGCAGAUGCCCUGGUUGCCAAGGUGCGCGAGCGUUUGGAAGCGGUCUAAGUACGCCUGCUAUCGGCACAACACGCGCACUGCGUCCGGUCGCCAUGGUGUUGCCAUGGCGGCUGCGGCAGUGCGUUGUUUCAACGCAAGGGGCAAAGACCGAGUUGUAAACUGCGAGUUGUAGUCGACUCGUCUUGUGCAAUGCGAAUGGCACAAGAGGGUCAUCGUUUUGGGAGCGCCACUGGAAGAGAAUCCGCUCCAGUGGUGUAACAGGACGGGGUGCGACAAAAUAUCAAGGCG